AUGCCUGCUCUCCUUCGAACCCACCCCAAUACCACGCUCACCAAACCUCGAGACAUUACCGCGUGUCGACUCCAAAACCGCCUGCUCCCCGCUCUCCAACUGUGCCCAGACCUCCUCGAAUAUCUUUUCUUGCUUGGUGCCAGCCUCGAAACCGAGGACUACCACCGCAGGCGCGCUGUCCUUGCCUACUCUCAAGUAUGCCACGACUGGAGGACCACUGCACUUGCUACGAAGUCACUCUGGGUGCAACUCACCGACUUCGACGAUAUGUCUUGGCGAUGGAAUGAGGAGAUGUUACAUCGUUCUCACCCCCUUCCUGUCGAGGUCGGCUCGUGCACAUUCCCAGCACGCGAGACGAACGUGGUAUCCUCGGAGAUGGGAUACCUUGGAAGGAUCCGGACGUACCGGCUGGGGUUCGCAGAUGAGGCCUGGGAUAUUCUCGAGAAGAAGCUGCAAGAGCCAGCAGAGAAGCUGGAAUGCCUCAGCCUCGCGUAUGUCCCACUUCAUCCUUCGAAGACGAAUCGACCGUGGUACAUCCUCCCUCGGAACUUAUUCGACAAUCGCGCACCGCAGUUGAGGCGGCUGAAACUCGAAGGUUUCACCUUGGAUUUUGGAAUCGACGCACCUGCCCCUCGCUCGCUGACGUCAUUGAGCGUGCUCAACCUCGACGCCAGUCACAAAUUAGCGCCCAGCGCCUUCGACUGGAUCGCUCUCGUCUCUACGCUACCCUUCCUCACCAACCUCUUUCUCAAAGACGCCAUUUCUCCAGUGACAUUUCUUUCUAUCCCCCGUGCUCGGCUCUCGACGAUACCGUCUUCGAAAAUCCAUCUCUCCCGCCUCGCGUCGCUGCAUUUGGAGGCCAGUACCAGUGCCGUGGGAGCAUUCCUCAAAUUCGUUAUCCUUCCAGCAGUAAACGAUCUCAGCGUAACAUGCUCCGAUGCGCAACCAGGAGCGGAGAUGGAAGACGUUUUCGAACCAUUUUUUGACGUUCUUGGAAGGGCUAUCCGAAGACAACGCGAGAAGGGCAACAUAUCUCUUCCCCUUCUCCUCUACGCCCGUACUUCCAGCAUCUCCGUUUGCACGGAUGAACGCGUUCUCGGACACGAAAAGGAUAUUUCGUACCCAUCUUCCUCGACGUCUUCCUUCAACUUCUACCUUGACUUUCACGCUCGCCUUUCGGGCUGUUGGGAAUCGCUCCUCACACCUAUUCUUUCCGCAUUCUCCAAUCCCGCUCUAUGCAACGAUCCUCUUUCUCUGAAUAGCGGACUCGUAUCCCAUAUCACCUCACUCGAGGUCCUUCUACCUUCCUGCCAUCCCGCUCUCGCACCUUUCCUGCGCAAAGCUACGCAUCUCGAGGCACUUGUCAACCUCCCAGCGACGCUAAUUAAGAACCUCCUUCCUGAACUUAGAUUCACCCCGCCCCAUCGUUCCCACUCACCUUCUCCAUCCAACACCUCAAACACCUCCUCGUCGUACACCCUUGCGCCUCUGCCGUCCAUACCGGAUGUCCCACUCCCACACUUGCACACGAUAUCAUUCAACGACGACAAAUCUGCCUGGGGUGUACCGUACGGGACGCUCCUCUCGUAUCUGCGUUGGCGCUCCGAGGACGCCGAAGCCCCGCUCAGUCGGGUGGUCUUCCGCCGAUGUCUUCUGCUUGAUGAAAAGGUUUCGGAGCUCGAGGGCAUUGGCGUCAGGGUGGAGUACGAUGGUGAAGGGGUAAGAUGGCAGAAUUUCUGA